AUGGGUGCUGCAUACAAAAUUUUGGGUAAAACAGUUCAGCCUCAUGUAUUGGCUAUUUCUACGUUUAUUGCCACGGCUGCCGUGACAUCUUACUUCACAAUAAAACCAAAAAGUAGAGAUGAAACAGAAAAUACCUCACCUUUGAACCAAACAAGUGAUGGUAAAAGCUCAACUGCAAAUGCUGAUGGGAAGGACGAUGAUGUUAUGAAGAGUAUUGAAGGAUUUUUGAAUGAUUUAGAGAAAGAUGCGAAACAGGAUACAAAAGCCAGCUGA